AUGGCUAUUGCUGCAGUCGCUUAUGUGAAACUGGGUUACGGAACAGAACAACGACUUGGAUUCAUUAUGGGAAAAACCAAGCUAGCCCCAAAGCAUGGACACACCAUACCGCGGCUGGAACUCUGUGCAGCUGUUUUAGCUGUUGAACUGUAUGAUCUUAUUACUAGAGAAAUUGACAUUAAAUUUGACAAUGUUUCCUUUUUUACUGACAGUAGAGUUGUCAAAGGUUACAUUAAAAAUGAGUCAAAACGAUUCUUCACGUAUGUAGCAAACCGUGUGGAUAAGAUUCGCAGACUAAGUGAACCUGAAGACUGGCACUACAUUUCCACAAAGUUGAAUCCAGCUGAUGAAGGCACUCGCUCAGUGCAAGUGAAAGACUUGCAGAAUAGCUUAUGGUUAAAUGGACCACCUGUAACGCAUGAAUUGUGGAACAAUGAUCAGGAACCACAACUAUGUGGAGAAGAAUUUGAUGAUGAUUCAGAAGUCAAAUCUUGCAAGCACUACUGGCUCUAA